GCCGGGUUACAGUUUACACACUUAUUACGCACCGCGUUUGUGCUCCGUGGGGUUAAUCAAAUGCCCACUCCCUUCCCUCCUCCAAUCCCGUGCCUCUCAGAAACUAAUUAUUAUAAUUAAUUAAGUCCGCAGAUACAUAGAAAACACCACCACCACACCAAAUUAAUAUAUCCCUCGCCCUCCCCCUCCAUUAAUCCUCUAUAUAUUAAUCCUCCUCCUUCUUCUUCUUCUUCUUCUCUCUGUCCUCGCCGGCAUGGGCGGCGCAGGCCGAUCUCUCCUCCGCCGCCUCCCCACCGCGGCCGCUGCGGCUCUUUUCCUCCUGCUGCUCCUCCCGCCCACGGCCCACUCGCAGAGCACGCCGAAGGAGAACGUCACGUUCAGCUUCUCCUCCUUCGACGACUCGUUCCGAUCGACGAAUCUGACGGUGAACGGUGACUCGAGCAUCGCCCAGGGCGCGCUUCAGAUCACCCCGGACACGCUAAACCAGGCCUCCUACCUGGUCAACAGGUCCGGCCGCGUCCUCUACAGCCAACCCUUCAAGCUCUGGGAAUACACCCCUGCCAACGUUAACGGAUCCUCUUCUUCCUCUUCCUCCAACAACGGCAACAGCAGCAGCAGCAGCAACAGCAACAGCAACAGCAACAAGUACGUGGCCUCGUUCUCCACCUCCUUCACCAUCAACGUCUUCCGCCAAACCAACACCACCCCGGGCGAGGGCAUCGCCUUCCUGAUCGCCCCCUCCCUCGACGCCCCUCCGCCGGGAAGCGACGGCGGCUACCUCGGGCUCACCAACGCCACCCUCGACGGCAACGCCUCCAACCACUUCGUGGCCGUGGAGCUGGACACCGUGAAGCAGCCCUACGACCCGGACGACAACCACGUGGGCCUCGACGUCAACGGCGUCGUCUCCGUCGCCAACGCCUCCCUCGACCUCCAGAUCGCCCCCGUCGCCCCCGCCAACUACACCCUGUGGAUCGACUACGACGGCGGCGUACGCCGCAUCCGGGUCUACAUGGCCGCGGAGGGCCGCCCCCAGCCCCCCUCGCCGGUGCUCGACGCGCCGCUCGACCUGGGCCAGUUCGUGCUCCAGCGCUCCUACUUCGGCUUCUCGGCGUCGACGGGCUCGGACUACGAGCUCAACUGCGUGCUGGCGUGGAACAUGACGGUGGAGAGGCUCCGCGACAAGAAGCGGCUGCCCAGGUGGGCGCUGGGCCUGGCCGUCGGACUGCCCUGCGCGGCCCUCCUGCUGGGCCUCAUCGCGGGCCUCUACUACGUGAGGAGGCGGAGGGUCGGGGACGACCCCAGCAUGCUCGCGGGGGCUCUGCUCAGGAGCCUGCCGGGGACGCCGCGGGAGUUCGACUACAAGGAGCUGAAGAAGGCCACCAACAACUUCGACGAGAAGAUGAAGCUGGGGCAGGGGGGGUUCGGGACCGUCUACGAGGGCGUGCUCGUUGGGGCCGGGGACAACGGCGAGACCAUUGAGGUGGCCGUCAAGAAGUUCGCCAGGGCCAACACCAAGGGCCAGGAGGAGUUCCUCGCCGAGCUCACCAUCAUUAAUCGCCUCCGCCACAGGCACCUCGUCCGCCUCAUCGGUUGGUGCCACCAGAAUGGCGAGCUACUGCUGGUGUACGACUACAUGCCGGAGGGGAGCCUGGACCAGCACUUAUUCGGCGGGCCGGAGAAGCCGCUGCUCAACUGGGCCCGCCGCUACAACGUCCUGAGCGGCGUGGCGUCAGCGCUGCACUACCUCCACAACGAGUACGACCAGCGUGUCGUCCACCGCGACCUCAAGGCGUCCAACGUCAUGCUCGACCGCGACUUCAACGCCCGCCUCGGGGACUUCGGCCUCGCCCGCGCCCUCGACGUCGACCGCACCUCCUACGCUGAUCUCGAGCUGGACGGCGUCCCCGGCACGCUCGGAUACAUCGCCCCCGAGUGCUUCCACACCGGAAAGGCCACCCGGGAGUCCGACGUCUACGGCUUCGGCGCCGUCAUCUUAGAGGUCGUCUGCGGCCUCCGACCGCGAUGCGAAGUUGGAGGCUUCCAUUACCUCGUCGACUGGGUGUGGAAGUUGUACCGCGAGGGCCGAAUUCUCGAGGCAGUGGACGUUAGGCUCGCCGGGGACUUUGUCGGGGCCGACGCUGAGCGGCUGCUCCUUCUCGGGCUCGCCUGCAGCCACCCAAUCCCCGGGGAGCGGCCGAAGACGCAGGACAUCAUGCAGAUCCUGCUGCGCUCCAUGCAGCCGCCGGCGGUGCCGCCAUUCAAGCCGGCGUUCGUGUGGCCGAGUGCAGUUCCGGACGGUGAUGGGGAGACGACGACCACCACCACGGCGAGCGGCUUGACUGGGUCGUCGUACUACGCCUCUUCAGCUGGCUGGACCAGCAACUACGUCAGCAGAGAUGGACACGUGUCCGAGGAUGACGUGCCCAUGGUGUGACGGCUUGGGAAUGUCAACGGCCUCAACUUGAAAAGUCAGACUACUUCUGGAAGCGGAGGGAAAUGUAAAUAGGGCGGUCCUUCAUUAAUUAACUUUCUUUUUCUUUUUCUUUUUUUGGUUAAGUUUUUUGGUUUUGCCUUUUAUGUUGGAAAGGGCGCCUUAUUAGGGCGGCUUUUGUUCAUUUUCCUUUCUUUCCACUUCCA